AAAGUUAAUCACUUUCUUACCCCACAUCAUAGGAACACAUAGUUUAUAGUUGAUUCCAGAAAGGACCACAGCAUUUCUUUAUUAUAAUAGCAACACCACCGGCACCACCGUCACCACCACCACACUACCACCUUCUUUACUCUCUUCUCUUCUCUCUAGCAUUUUCAUUUUCAUUAAUAUUAUUCAAAAGUUCGAAAACAUCAUAAUCGCACCCUACUUUUUCUCUCCACACUUGUGAUCACUGUACACGCGUCAAUGCUGUGACCAGAAAGAAAGACCUUUACUUAUUUUUUUUGGUUUGAAAUCUCUGACCCCAAAAAAUUAAUAACACAUCAUCAUCAUCGGCAUUUUGAUUUUUAAUUUUGUUGGUAAGCAAACACCAACUUUUUUCCACCACCAUCUCAUAGUUGGUGCCUUUUUUUAACUAAAAAUUCGAUCUUUAUCGCAAAGGGACCCCGAUCCUGAUGCAAUCUAUCCGAAAAUCGUUCAAGUCCUAUGCUUCCUACAACAAACGUUCUAGAAGGUUUGCCGCGUCGGGAGGACCCGAUUCUAGCCACGAGCACCUUCCAAUCCUUCAAGACCAGGAAUCUCAUCAUCAUCAUCGUCACCAACACCACCAUUCUGACCCUCCUCCGUUAUCCUCCAUGGCCGGCGACUACGUCGUCAAGAUCAAUGACGGCGGCGAUCCUGCCGGAGGAAACAAGAUUUGGAGGGGUUCCAGCUACGAGUUCUGGCCCGAAGAUGGAAGUUCCGGCGACAAUGCCGAUGCCAAAGAGGUGAGCUUUGAUUUCCGCCAAUCUGGUGCGCCGCCGGUGCCGGAGGAGGACCCGCCGUCGCAGCUGAUCGGAAGCUUCCUGCGCAAACAGAUAGCUUCUGGUGAGAUCUCGUUGGACAUGGACAUGGAGAUGGAGGAGCUUCAGCGCAACUACGAUGCCGGUGCAAGUACCGCCGCUGCCGCAGGAGGGAAGCUUUCGCCGGUGGAGGAGUCGCCGACGACGAGCAUGAACAACCGCGUAUCCAAGGAGCUCAAGGUUUCGUUCGAGGAACCCGCGCCACCGAAUUUGAUGGCUGAUAUGCCUAAUAGCUCCGAUGCCAUCAGAAGAAGACACAGCAGGGACUUGCCGUCCAUUGGAGAUUUCCAUCGGCCGCCGCAUCCGCCGCACCAGAGCAGGGAAUUGCCGUCUCGGAGUGGCCAUAGCGGUGAUGGCGAGGUUGUGAGGUGCACCUCUAACGGUUCCAUAGAGAGAACUCUUUCCAUGCAGAGCAGAAAAUCAACAUUGUUGAAGACUAAAACCCGGUCCAGGUUGCUGGACCCACCAGAAGAACCAGAAAGAACAUCGGGUCGGAUUGCCAAGUCGGGUCAGUUGUUCUCAGGGUUGCUUGGGAAGAAGAGUGGUGGUGAUGACGAUGAUGAAGAUGAUCCAUUUUUGGAAGAGGAUCUUCCUGAUAAGUAUAAAAAAUCUCACUUUAGUAUAUGGGUUUUGCUUGAAUGGUUGGGGUUGAUUUUGAUAAUUGCUGCAUUGAUUACAACUCUGAGUGUUCCUUUCUUAAGGGAGAAGAAUCUUUGGCAGCUGAAGCUGUGGAAAUGGGAGGUUAUGAUUCUUGUGUUGAUAUGUGGAAGGUUGGUAUCUGGUUGGCUUAUCAGAGUAGCUGUGUUCUGCAUUGAGAGAAACUUCCUUUUGAGGAAGAGGGUUCUGUAUUUUGUGUAUGGUGUGAAGCAUGCUGUUCAGAAUUGUGUUUGGUUAGGGCUUGUUUUGAUAGCUUGGCACUUCUUGUUUGAUCAGAAAGUUCAGAGAGAGGUUCAUAGUAAUUUUCUUGAGUAUAUUACCAAGUUUUUGGUGUGCUUGUUGGUUGGUACUCUGGUUUGGUUGGUGAAAACCCUUAUGGUUAAGGUUCUGGCCUCUAGUUUCCAUGUUAGCACAUAUUUUGAUAGGAUUCAAGAGUCACUGUUUAAUCAGUUUGUUAUUGAGACACUCUCCGGGCCGCCUUUGGUCGAACUUCAGCGAUAUGAGGAUGAGGAGCAAAGGAUUCUUGAAGAUGUCGAGAAGCUACAGAAAGCCGGAGUUACCAUACCUCCUGACCUGAGGGCUACUGCCUUCGCGACCAACAAGAGUGGGAAGUUGAGGAGUGGGAUGCUCCAGAAAAGCCCCAGGAUGGUAAGUGGACGGUUCUCGAGACCUCUCUCUAAGAAGUCAGAAGAUGGGAAUAGUGGGAUAACUAUUGAUCACCUGCAUAAGCUGAAUCCGAACAAUGUCUCGGCUUGGAAUAUGAAAAGGCUGAUCAAUAUGGUUCGGCAUGGAGCUCUAACUACAUUGGAUGAACAGAUACUUAACUCGACCAAUGAUGAUGAGAAUGCCACAGAGAUUAGAAGUGAAAAUCAGGCAAAAGGAGCAGCCAAGAAAAUUUUUCAGAAUGUUGCUUGUGGUAGCAGGUUCAUAUACAAGAAGGACUUACAGCGAUUUAUGCAAGAAGAUGAAGUUGUGAAAACCUUGAGUCUCUUUGAAGGUGCAUCCGAGACCGGAAGAAUAAGCAAAGCAUCCUUGAAGAACUGGGUGGUCAAUGCCUUUAGAGAGAGGAGAGCACUCGCCUUGACAUUGAAUGAUACGAAAACGGCGGUGAACAAGCUUCAUCGAAUGCUUAAUUUCUUAGUUGCAAUUAUUAUCCUAGUUAUCUUUCUCUUGAUAAUGGGAAUUGCCACCUCCAAAUUUCUCCUCUUCGUGAGCUCACAGCUUGUCUUGGUUGCAUUCAUAUUUGGAAAUACCUGCAAGACCAUAUUUGAAGCCAUUAUUUUCUUAUUUGUAAUGCACCCGUUUGACGUUGGAGACAGAUGCGAAAUUGAAGGGGUCCAGAUGGUUGUGGAAGAAAUGAACAUAUUGAACACCAUAUUUCUGAGAUAUGAUAAUUUAAAGGUAAUGAUCCCUAACAGUGUCCUUGCUACAAAGGCCAUAAACAACUUCUACCGCAGUCCUGACAUGGGAGAUUCUGUUGAAUUCCUUAUUCAUGUGUCUACACCAAUGGAAAAGUUUACUCAAAUGAAACACAGAAUACAGAGUUACAUUGAUAACAAGAAGGAGCACUGGUAUCCAUCACCAUUUAUAGUCUUCAAGGAUUGUGAACUCUUAAACAUGGUUCGAAUUGCGGUUUGGCCAACGCACAGGAUGAACUUCCAAGACAUGGGAGAGAGAUUCAUAAGGAGGUCAUUGUUGAUCGACGAGAUGAUCAAGAUUUUCCGGGAGCUUGACAUACAGUACCGGCUGCAGCCGCUCGAUAUUAGUAUUAGAAGCAUGCCUACCACUUCUGAGCGUCUUCCACCAAGUUGGUCAACAAUCACAAGUUGAGUAGAAGGAAGAAUCAGAGAUAUGGCAUCAUCUCUUGUUGUACUUCAAUACCAUUAUCUGCUAUACAAGAUAAAGUGUUAGUUGUAAUCAGGGUAAAAUUUUGUGUAUAGUUUUCUUCUCUUUGUUGUUAGAUUAGUUGGUUGUGUUGUAAGAUUAGACUGUAAUUCAUAAAAGCUGAGUUCAUCCAAUCUGGAAUGGCACAUACAUGCCUUUUCUCAUGCUGAUUAAGAUUUGUAUUAUUAUCA